GGCAGGUCCGUGUCCUUGGGAACGGCGUGGAGCGGGCGCUGAGGAAAUGGAAGCUGUCGCUGCUUGUCGCAGCAGCAGCGGCAUUUUUAGUUGACACAAUGACAGACUUUGAGAAGAACCUCAGCCAGGACAUGAUUUCUCAGCUGCACAACUUUGCUGCCGUGGGAGAUGCAGCCAGACUGAAAGCACUGCUCAGUCGUUCCCCGUCACUUGUCAACGCAGCUGCGGGGAAUGGCUGGACAGCCCUGAUGUUCGCUGCCAGGAAUGGACACCUCGAGGUUGUGCGGGUUCUUCUUGAACAAGGGUGUGACAGAUCCAUCAUUAAUAAAUCAAGGCAGACAGCUCUGGACAUCGCAAAAUUUUGGGGGUACAAACACAUAGCUAAUUUGUUGGCUAAUGUCAAGGGUGAUCAGAAGCCUAGUUUUUUGUCAAAUGAUGUGAAAGAAUAUGAAAAUUAUUUUGGCAUGACACUUCUGGACAGAAGGAGUGAUAAAAGAACAGAUUCCAAGUGGCUGAGUAAAAAACAAAGCCAUCCAACUACAGUAUACAUCCUCUUCUCAAAUCUAAGUCCCCUAGUUACUUUGGGUGGGGGAAUAGAUAGUUCCCAGCAGCCAGAAGUAAAGCUUUGCAGGCUGUACCACAAGGAUGUGGAGCAGUGCCUGAACAAAACAGAAGAGUGUACCUUGAUUUUUCUUGGAGUUGAACUUCUUCAGAACCUGGCAGCUGCUUACAAUGGGAGGGUUCUGCAAGAAGAUGAAGAGGACGGGUUAGUUGCUUGGUUUGCUCUUAGCAUAGAUUCUGCUUCUGCCGAGAAAUUUAAACAGAAGCAUGAGGACUGUUACUUCCUUCACCCACCAAUGCCAGCACUGCUGCAGCUACCUGAAAAAGAAGCUGGAGUAGUAGCCCAGGCUAGGUCUGUUCUAGCAUGGCAUGACCGUUACCAAUUCUGCCCAACAUGUGGGAGUACAACCAAGACCGAAGAAGGGGGUUACAAGAAAACUUGCUUAAAAGAAGAUUGUCCUAGUCUCCAAGGAGUUCACAACACAUCAUAUCCAAGAGUUGAUCCUGUUGUGAUAAUGCAAGUGAUCCAUCCGGAUGGGAACCACUGCCUUUUAGGUAGGCAGAAGAGGUUUCCUCCCGGUAUGUUCACCUGCCUCGCUGGAUUUGUAGAACCUGGUGAAACAAUAGAAGAUGCCGUUCGGAGAGAAGUGGAAGAGGAGUCUGGAGUCAAAGUUGGCCACGUUCAGUACGUCUCUUGUCAGCCAUGGCCAAUGCCCUCAUCCCUAAUGAUUGGCUGCUUGGCUGUGGCAGUGUCCACAGAAAUUAAAGUUGACAAGAAUGAAAUAGAGGAUGCCCGCUGGUUCACUAGAGAACAGGUCGUGGAAGUUCUCAUCAAAGGAAACCAGCGUUCAUUCUUUGUACCACCGAGUCGAGCUAUUGCACACCAGUUGAUAAAACACUGGAUUGGAAUGAAUGCUAAUCUUUAGUUCAAAUAAUAUAAUCACAUAAUCAAAUAAUUGAUAUAAGUUACUUCUCCUGUUGAAUACUAAAUUAGGAAUAAACUAGAAUUGUUUAUCUAGUAAAUGUGCAACCAUAUGAUUUUUUGAGCCCUUCCUUAGGUUCCUGAGCUAAAGGAUCAUUUGUAGGUGUUUUCAGAGCUGAAUUAGAAAUGGACAACAAUUAUCCCAAACAAGCAAGCAACAAAUAGUUAGAACUGGUACCUUGUUGUUCACAGGCUGGUUUUUUGUCCUAGAAUCAAAUUAUUAUGCUUCUUGCUGUUAUACUUUUAAUGUUUGAUUUGGUCCUUCCUCUACUGGAAAGAGUCACAGCAUUACAAAAAGGGAUGUCUGACUUUGCCUACUGUUUGAAUUUUGUGUUUACAUCCUCCUAUUUUAUCUUAAUUGCUUCUUUCUCAUUUUUGCCUUUCUACAUUCUUUAAAUUCCACCUGUCACAAAAAUCAGCAUUCAGUGCUGAAAGUGUCACCAGCAAUGGUUAUUUUUAAGCUAAUAACACAUGUAAAUGGUGAAUAUGUGGUACUAGGUAUCUUUUACAUUAAUAACUUAAUUUACAUUAAUGCUCUAAACAGAGCAUUUAUUCAUCCCUUCUGAUUUGGCCUGCAUUUACCCAAUUGCAUGUCAGCCUGAAUUUAAAGGUAUAACACAAUGCUCUGGUUUCACAAAGGUGUUGAAGAGCCAUCUCCAAAAGCCUAAAUAUUAGUAUUUUAUAAGAUAAUAAUGUACUUACUGCCCCUAGGCAGUGAGAUAUGUCAUUCUCUGAUGAUUAAAAAUGGAACUGUAGAGUAAUGGAGGAGGAAAAACAAGACAUAUCAUCUCAAAAUAUGCACAAAAUUCUUUAUGAAAGUGGAGAUGCUAAGAUUGUUACUGCUAUUAAGAAAUUUACACUUGAAAUAAGUAUAUUAACUGCAGGUAUAAGAUUGGGAAAGCAUUACAUGAAUUAAAAUAUUUACUUAUAUGUACUUAAUGCUAUAGUUCAGAUUGUGCCUUAAUUUAUCAAGGUUUUGAAAAGAAUGUUAACUUAAUAUUUUCAAAAUAAAAGUAUAUUAUUUUUAUUACUAAUGGCAUUAUGUAAUGGUUUGUAGUCUGUCAUUCUGCAGUCAUCACAGUGAUAUAAAAAGAAAUGCAAAUGAUCCAAAGGAAGUACAGUGAUAAAUACAAACUUACUAUUAUAUGGUGAUUUGUUUACUCAGAGUAGUUUGCAUUUUUUUUAACAGUGAAUGAAUCAUAUUUGUUUCAGAAUUCCUGCCACACGGGAAUCCGGAAAACUGUUCUAAAAAUCCUAUUUGUUCUCUUUUUCCUAUCCAGUGCCACACUAUACUCAGCAGUUUUGGGGAUUUUUUUUGGUAAGGCAGUACAUAUCAAACUUAAAAGCAAGAAGCAUUUCUUACAGACUUGGAACAUUUGACAUAUUACACUGCUUCAUUUGCUCCCUUCUUUCAGCUCUAUGUACUAAUGAAGACAACCAGGUUAUAUCUUGAGUGGUCUGAAAAGGAGAAGGAAGCAACGCACUGCUUCCCUUAAAAAUUGGUUUUACAGAGAAGGGGAAUUGUGAAAAGCUGUCAUGGGCUACAGUUACCAGCAGGACUGCAUGUUAUCAGUGGUAUUAAUCUUUUUUAAAAAAUGGUGGGACAGAAGGAAGCCUGGUUGCAGGUUGCUCAUACAAAUAAAGGAGAACAUUGGAAAGUGGCGGAAGCUAAGCAGUGAGAGGAAAUUCUGACUGGUACUGUGGUGAUUGCACAUUAACAAAGAUGAACAAGAAAGGAAUGAGAAGCAGAUGGAAAAGGGAGGAUAAAGCAGAGAGUAAAUAUAGGUAGUGUAAAAAUAAACAGUUUAUCACUUAGAGGCAACUAAAUGUACAUGUCCAAGACCCAUCUGCAUAUUAGUUUUUCAUGCAGGAAAUUAUGGUGAGUUGCUAUUAGGAUGAGCUUGUAACUGUGAAACUCCAAACAAAGUAGCCAUAAUCAAUACUUAUAUUAAUAAACAGACAGUUUAGUGGUCCUAACUGAAAUCUGGUAAGAUCUUGGUAGCUUGCCUUAUCCAAAGGACAGCAGCAGAUUUGCAAGCAGGCUGCUUCUUGCCCCUAAGUUAAUGCAAUGAAUGUCAAUAGUAACAAUAAAGUAGAAAAAGAUAAAUUAGGUGUUUAAAC